UGUGCUAUGUUUUUAGAGUUCUGACCACUUGGUGGCGGUAAUGCACAAUUUUGUUACAAACCGGAAAAAACAACUAAAAAGAAGAAGGAUAAUCAACAGGAAGUAGAAGAGGUCGGAACCACAAGAAAAUACAGUUUAGCUGAAUAACAAUGACUCGCCACGGGAAGAACUGCACGGCGGGAGCUGUCUACACGUAUCACGAGAAGAAGAAAGAUACAGCGGCGUCUGGGUAUGGGACACAGAGCAUUCGACUGGGCAAAGACGCGAUCAAAGACUUUGAUUGCUGCUGUCUGUCGUUGCAGCCUUGUCAGAAUCCUGUACUUACUCCAGAUGGGUUCUUGUAUGACAAACAGGCCAUUCUUGAAUACAUUCUGCACCAGAAAACAGAAAUUGCCAAAAAAAUGAAGGCCUAUGAGAAGCAAAAGCAAGCACAGAAAAGCACCAUUCAACUUGAGUCCAAAUCAGAAGAACGAGAGAGAGUGGAGAGGUUUAAAACAAAUGAAAACAGCAUUGUGUCCAAACCUAUCAACCCUUUUACAUCUGGCCAGAGCAAAGGAGGUGAGAAGAGCUCAAAAGACAGCAGCUUAGCAGUCCCCUCCACCGCUGGUUCAGCUGCCACGUCUAGCCAGUCUCUGCCCAGUUUCUGGAUCCCUAGUCUGACACCAGAGGCCAAGCCCACUGUGGUUAAGAAACCGAGCAAGGUUGUGUUGUGCCCCAUGUCAGGACGACCCAUUAAGAUGAACGAGCUCAUCCCAGUGAACUUCACUCCACUGGACCCAAGCCUGGACCGCGUGGCCCUGCUCACCCGCCAGGACAGGUACGUAUGUGCAGUCACCAAAGAUGUCCUGGGCAACAGCGUCCCCUGCGCCGUUCUGCGACCCUCGGGUUCUGUCGUGACCCAGGAGUGCGUGGAGAAAUUGAUCAAGAAAGACAUGAUUGAUCCUGUGACUGGAGACAAACUGUCUGACAGAGACAUUAUACCAGUUCAGAGGGGUGGAACAGGCUUCUCUGCAUCUGGGGUUGACCUCCGCGCCAAAGAGGCUCGUCCAGUGAUGCAAGUGUGAAGCUGCACAGAAGACUUUGACGUGUGCAUGUCUUUUUCUGUCCCCAUAAGUAACGUGUUUGUUUUAUUUUUGUCUUGACUGUGGAUCAUUUUUGUUUUUACAAUGUAAGAGUCUUUUUUUCCCUAUUAAAAUGUAAAAGACCUUCAAA